AUGGGUCAAUUAUUGUCACAACCUAUAACUGAGAAGAACAUUACGUUUGUUCAGCAUGAUCACAUCUCUCAUUCUAUAGGAGAGAUGCAAGGAUAUCGGCUCAGCAUGGAAGAUGCGUACUGUGAUAUUAACGACACACUUCCGAUUAAGAUCAGAGAUCCGAAGUUGAUGAAGAUAGUGCACGAACUGGAAAGUAAAAGUAUUUCAGAUUCCGGUGUUGGAGUAAAGUCGGAAGGACAGCGAACAACAUUCAAAGAGCCACACGAGGACCUGAAUGAUGGACAUCGACAUGGAAAGGCAGAACGACCUCAAAUUCCAAGACAUGAAUUGAAUGGAAAUAUGCUUUUGAAGGAUCAUUUACACACGGACUAUGUGAUGAAGAGAGUGAAAUUCAAUAUAUAUGGAGUGUUUGAUGGACACGGUGGUUCUAACACCUCUCGAUAUAUGGCGGAACGUCUGCCAUCUGUGUUGACAAGAGGACUUAAAGGAGAAAUCCAGAAGCUAUCAGAUGAACAAAAAUGGAAGCUUAUACGCGGUGAGGAUGUGUUGGAGCUUAUAAACUUUCCAAAAGUUAUGAAGGAUGCUUACAUGAGGCUAGAUUCCAUGUAUUAUCAUGCUCCAAACAACGACAGUGGUUCUACCGGUGUGGUGGCGUUAAUAUUUCAAGGGUAUUUCAUUGUUGCCAAUGCAGGAGAUUCAAGAUGUGUUUUGAGUACAAGCGGUGCUGCAAAGAACAUGUCUCUCGAUCAUAAACCCAAACAUUUGGGAGAGUUGAUGAGAAUUCACAAUGAUGGUGGGUAUGUUGCUGCAAAUAGGGUUAACUCUAUUCUCGCUCUUAGUCGAGCAUUUGGUGACUACAACUUCAAAAUGCACAACAGUAAGAAUCAUGGGAAGUUUGCACUAGUUCGGUCAAAGCAAAAAGUGAAGUUGACUCCUCCAGAAGAGUAUCAAGUGACGGCCGAACCUGAUGUGUUUAUCAGAAAAAUCACCACUCAGGAUGAGUUUUUGAUAGUGGCUUGUGAUGGUGUCUGGGACUGUUAUAGACCUCAGGAUCUUGUCCACGUGAUUCGCCACGAGCUUUCCCUUGGCAAGAAGCUCACUGAUGUCAACGAGUUAGUAUUAGACAGUUGCAUUGGAAUGGCAAAUACUGUCACAGGGAUUGGCUUUGAUAAUAUGACUCUUAUUAUUGUGGCGCUUCACCAGAACUACAAGGACUUGAAUGAUUGGUAUACCCAUAUGAAGAAUAAGAUCCUGGAUGAGAAGUUCGGUCAGCUUGAGCGCUAG